AUGAGACGAGUAUCCUAUAACAAAAAUAAUUUGAUUUUCAUCUGGCCUCAAGAAGAAGAUCUAUCUGAGGUGGAUUCCAAUUGUAUAAUCAAGAAAGUGGCGAAUCCUCAGGCUCUUGCCGACCACAACGUCUACUUGAAAGGCACCCUCCUGAAACCCAACAUAGUGACCGCCGGACAAUCGGCCACCGUCAAGGCGGGCCCCGCGGAAGUCGCCUUGGCUACUGUGACGGCUCUGCAGCGCACCGUGCCUGUCGCCGUGCCCAGCAUCACCUUCUUGUCGGGCGGCCAAUCGGAGGAGGAGGAGGCCACCGUCAAUUUGGACGCGAUAAACAACUGUCGCUUCGAAGUUAAGGAGCCCCAAGAUUUCAAGUGGUCCGUCGAGUCUAUAAAGACCUAA